CGUCAAACGGUAUCCAUACGUCUAUAUCUAUAUGUCAGUGCUGUUGGAGGGAGGUGGAUGUGGCACUACAGGAUUUACGGGACAGGGAAGGUGCUACAGUAGCUGUCGCUUCCUGUCAGAGGAGGUGGCCAAGCUGCAGAAGCAUCUGGCCCUGCUCCGGCAGGAGUAUGUGAAGAUGCAGCAGAAGCUGGCGGACACGGAGAGGCGCUGUGCGGUGCUUGCUGCUCAGGCCCCUGCCCAGGGCUCCUCCAGCCCUGCAGCUGCAGAGACCUUCAUUAGCCGUCUGCUGGACAUCGUGGCUGACCUUUAUCAGCAGGAACAGUACAGUGAUCUGAUAGUGAAAAUUGCAGGGCAGAAGCUCAGUGCCCAUAAGUUUGUGUUGGCCGCUCGCGGUGAUGUCUGGAGUCUGGCCAACCUGGCCUCCACCUCCGAACUGGACCUAACAGAUUGCAAGCCGGAGGUUGCCAUGGCGAUGUUGCGCUGGGCAUACACCGAUGAGUUGGAACUCAGUGAGGAGGAUGCCUUCCUUAUUGACCUGAUGAAGCUGGCCAACCGCUUUCAGCUUCAGCUGCUCCGAGAGAGGUGUGAAAAAGGCGUGAUGUCCUCGGUGAAUGUCAGAAACUGCAUUCGCUUCUACCAGACAGCUGAGGAACUUAAUGCCACCACCCUGAUGAACUACUGUGGGGAGAUCAUAGCCAGCCACUGGGAUGAUCUAAGAAAAGAAGAUUUCAGCACCAUGAGUGCCCAGCUUCUGUACAAGAUGAUCAAAUCUAAAACAGAGUAUCCCCUCCACAAAGCCAUCAAAGUUGAGCGUGAAGACGUGGUCUUUCUCUACCUCAUCGAGAUGGACUCGCAGCUACCUGGCAAACUGAAUGAAUUAGACAACAACGGCGACCUGGCAUUAGACCUGGCACUCUCUCGUAAAUUGGAAAGUAUCGCCACCACUCUGGUUAACAACAAAGCCGAUGUUGAUAUGGUGGACCAAAGUGGCUGGAGCCUCCUGCAUAAGGCCAUCCAAAGAGGUGAUGAAUUUGCCUCCAUCUUCCUGAUUCGCCACUCGGCUCAGGUGAAUGCAGCCACAGUGGGGGCCGUGGAAACCCCACUUCACCUGGUCUGUUCUUUCAACCCCAAGAAACACUCUGAGGAAGUGAUGAGUGGCAUGGCACGGAUUGCAGAGGCUCUGCUCAAGACAGGAGCCAACCCCAACAUGCAGAACAGCAAGGGCAGAACUCCGUUGCAUGAAGCCGUGGCAUCCGGGAACGAGCCAGUGUUCAGCCAGCUGCUACAGUGCAAACAGCUUGACCUCGAACUCAAGGACCAUGAGGGCAGCACAGCUCUGUGGCUGGCCCUGCAGUAUAUCACCUUGUCUUCAGACCCGUCAGUAAAUCCGUUUGAAGACGAUGCACCGGUAGUAAAUGGCACCUCAUUUGACGAGAAUAGCUUUGCAGCACAGCUUAUCCAGAGAGGAAGCAACCCUGAUGCACUCGACACUGCCACAGGAAACUGCCUCAUGCAGAGAGCAGCUCAGGCAGGCAAUGAGGCAGCUGCUCUUUUCCUAGCUACUCAUGGAGCAAAGGUCAACAAUGUCAACAAAUUGGGUGAGAGCCCACUUCACACAGCAUGUCGCUGUGGCCUGGCGAGCCUGACGGCAGAGCUGCUCCAGCAGGGGGCCAACCCCAACCUGCAGACCCAAAAGGCCCUGCCUGACGACACCAAUGGCGUGGCUAUGCAGACGCCCCUCCACAUGGCCAUUGCUCACAACCACCCAGAUGUGGUCUCUGUCAUCCUUGAGCAGAAAGCCAACGCACUUCAUGCCACCAACAACUUCCAGAUCAUUCCAGACUUCAGUCUCAAAGACUCCGUGGACCAGACUGUGCUGGGCUUGGCCCUCUGGACAGGUAUGCACACCAUCGCAGCUCAGCUGCUGGGCUCAGGGGCUUCUAUCAAUGACACUAUGUCCAAUGGACAAACCCUGCUCCAUAUGGCCAUCCAAAGACAGGACAGCAAGAGUGCCCUCUUCCUUCUAGAACACCAGGCAGACAUCAAUGUUAGGACCCAAGAGGGACAAACGGCACUUCAGUUGGCUAUUAGUAACCAGCUGCCACUGGUGGUAGAUGCCAUUUGCACAAGAGGAGCCGAUAUGUCUGUGGUGGACGACAAAGGGGACCCUCCACUGUGGCUGGCUCUCAAGAAUGGCCUGGAAGAUAUCGCAUCCACUCUGGUCCGCCACGGCUGUGAUGCAACAUGUUGGAGCACAGGGCCCUCCGGCUGCCAGCAGACCCUCCUGCACAGAGCUGUUGAUGAGAAUAAUGAGGUCACUGCUUGCUUCCUCAUCCGCAGUGGGUGUGACGUGAACAGCCCCAGGCGGCCGGGCUCCAAUGGGGAAGGAGACGAAGAAGCCCGUGAUGGACAAACUCCCCUCCACCUGGCAAGCAGUUGGGGAUUGGAGGAGGUGGUGCAGUGCCUUCUAGAGUUUGGAGCUAAUGUUAAUACACAGGAUGCAGAGGGCAGAGCUCCCAUCCAUGCCGCAAUCAGCAGCCAGCACAACGUCAUCAUACAGCUCCUCAUUUCCCAUCCCGACAUUCGGCUUAACAUUCGCGACCGGCAGGGAAUGACCCCCUUCGCCUGCGCCAUGACGCACAAGAACAAUAAGGCGGCAGAGGCGAUCCUCAAGAGGGAGCCGGGUGCUGCGGAACAGGUGGACAACAAAGGGCGCAACUUUUUGCACGUGGCUGUGCAAAAUUCCGAUAUUGAAAGCGUCCUGUUCCUCAUCAGUGUCCAAGCUAAUGUCAACUCCAGGGUUCAGGAUGCAGCCAAACUCACCCCUCUCCACCUGGCCGUCCAGGCUGGAUCUGAGAUCAUUGUCCGCAACCUGCUGCUUGCUGGAGCCAAAGUAAACGAGCUGACAAAACACAGGCAGACAGCGCUACAUUUGGCUGCCCAACAGGACCUGGCCACUAUUUGUUCCGUGAUGCUGGAGAACGGAGUCGACUUUGCUGCUGAGGAUGAGAAUGGAAAUAAUGCUCUGCAUCUGGCUGUGAUGCAAGGUCGCCUUAAUAAUGUCAGAAAUCUUCUCACAGAGUCCAAUGUUGAUGCGGAGGCCUUUAAUCUCAGGGGUCAGUCACCAAUGCAUGUACUAGGCCAUUAUGGGAAAGAGAACGCUGCUGCCAUUUUUGAGUUGUUUCUGGAGUGUAUGCCUGAAUACCCUUUGGACAAACCAGAUAAUGAAGGGAACACAGUUCUGCUCCUGGCCUACAUGAAAGGAAAUGCAAAUCUGUGCCGUGCCAUUGUGAGGGCUGGCGCUCGCCUGGGCAUCAAUAACAAUCAGGGCAUCAACAUUUUCAACUACCAAGUUGCAACCAAACAGUUGCUCUUCCGCCUUCUAGAUAUGCUUUCCAAAGAGCCCCCUUGGUGUGAUGGGUCCAACUGCUAUGAAUGUAUUGCCAAGUUUGGUGUUACAACAAGGAAACAUCACUGCCGCCACUGUGGUCGCCUGUUGUGUCACAAGUGCUCUAUAAAGGAGAUUCCCAUCAUCAAGUUCGACCUGAACAAGCCAGUGAGGGUGUGUGAUAUCUGCUUCGAUGUACUGACUCUUGGUGGGGUAUCGUAAUGCUCUGGCCUGGAUAUCCUCCAUUCUCUGACACUGGCCAUGUCAGGCCCAACACGGCACAGAUAUUCAGGCACACCAGGAGAAGGGACGUCAGUAGCAGGACAGACUAACAAGAGAUUCCCGGACUUCAUCGGACAUGGACUAUAGCCUUUAUACUGUUCCAGUCUAUGAAAAACUAUUAAUGUUCUAGAGGGACGUUUCAUAUAGAAAGUGAAACAUUGUAUUUUUGUUUCUGUUUUGAUCAAAGUAUCUUAAGAUGAUAACAGCAGCUCCUCCAGCUUGGUGAUGGCUGGACUGAAUUUUCUAAUCAAUUUCCCCAAGCUAAAUAAUGUAUGUAUGUACUGUAAUGAGCUCUUAUUAUUAUGAGCAGGUAAUUGCUGUACAAUUUAAUUCAAUCAUAAACAGAUGAUCAAAUCACUUCUGCAGGGGGUUCUCCGCUGUUGGGGUAUUUCACCUUCAGCCUCCCUGUGCCGUGUGACCAGCCCAAAGACAGAAGUUUACUGCUACAAAUUUAAUAUUUACCUUCAUGUAAGAGCCGUGGCUGCUGUCACCCAGGAAGAGUGAAAAUAUAAAAUGCCACUAGAUCACUAGAUCUAGAUCUGCAAGAAUUGAACUAUUGCCAUGUUCUCUUCAAUCUUUUCUAUUAUUUACUCUUCAGCCACCCCAAUCUGGUAUUGACCGGAUGAAGUGGGACAGGCAAGGAAGAUUUCAAAGGAAAACACCUGAAUUCUUUUUUUUAAAUGAGCAUCAUUUCCAAAUGAGAUCUAAUCUAUGUAAUUACUUUCAGAAUUAUGACGUUGACAUCAUACACCACAUUUACCAUUAGAUGUGACAGAUGGCUCAAAUGGGAAAGAGGAAAUUCUUCAUGAAUGGUGUUGUUUUUCUCAGUGAUUGGUAAAUAAGAGUGUCAUGUGUAGGCAUCAUUUUAUCAUGAAAACUAAAUUCUCCCAACAACCUGCCUCAUCAGUAAACAAAUGCCCAUUAUGUCUGUGCACGUCAGUUAAUUUGUAGUCUUCACUUGUCAUGGUCAUCAUCCAAAUCGUAUCUGAAAAUCAGUCACCAAAUAUUACAUUCCAUUUUUGACCUGCCGGGAGGUCGUCGUAGGAAGUUGCGAUCAUAGUCCCCACGAUGUUGCCUCGAGUCAAGUUGUCGUCUUGACCCAUUACAUUUAACGCGUCUUGAUUUCUAAGCCUAACGGGUGCACUUUAUCAACAUCACAUGACGUUUCUUUUCCGAUCAACGGGGGAGAAUGUGGCGUAGCGUGGUGGCGGGGCAGUAGGGCCUCUAAGUAUUGUUAAAUUGUACAGAUAAAUGUGUGAUAUUUUUGACCACUACAACUGUUUUGUACUUAAUUGCAGUUUGUGCUUGUCAUUGUGACAAACCUAAAUCUUGCCUCUGUUAAUCUUUUAUGCACAUUGUUUAAUCUUUUAUGCACAUUGUAUUGUAUCUGUAUGCUCAGAUAUCUAGCCUGUCUCUUCCUGGUGUAUCCUUUAAGAGAAAGGGAGGACAACUUUACAUAAAGGUCAUCAAAAAACAAA